AUGGAAUAUGGUGCCUUAGUACACAAUAAUUCUGCAUUUGAUGCCUUAUCAGACAGUACUGCCUCAGUUUCAGAAGGGGAUUUCAUUGACGAGGUCCUUGCGCAUGGUUGCUGGCUGGAAACCACCGGAGGAUCAUACAACCUCACUCAGCCUUGUGCUACGAAUCCCCCUUCUCUCAGUGACCCUAAUUUGCACUACUGGACAUCCUCAGAUCCAAAUCACCAAAUCUAUCAGCAAGAAUCAGAGUUAAGUUUUCCAUUCCAAUCCGAAAGUUUCGUGGUUGCGAGCUCUGAAGUGGGCAAGAGGUGGUGGAUUGGACCAAAGGCAAAUCCCGGUCCAUCUUCCUCAGUCAAAGAAAGAUUAGUUCUUGCCGUGGGAUACUUGAGAGACUACACCAAGAAUGCCAAUGUGUUUCUUCAGAUAUGGGUGCCCACCAGGAGAGAGGGAACAUACGUUCUAACCGGCGCUCACGAUCACGCUCCCCCUUACCCAUCCGUCGAUGAUCCGAGCCGUAAGACUCUUGAAUAUUACCGAAAUGUUUCCAAAGGUUAUCAGCUGGCUGCCGAGGAGGAAUCAGAGGAGUGCCGAGUAAUCCUAGGAAAAUUGCCUGAUCAGUGGACCCCCACUGUUCGCUUUUUCAAAAGCCACGAGUAUGUUACAUAUGUAAAUUAUGCACAGCAGCACUACGAUUUGCGCGGAUCAUUGGCCCUUCCCGUGUUUGAGAGAGGCAACGGGACAUGUCUCGGCGUUGUUGAGAUUGUAAUGACCAAUCACAACAUCAACCAUCACCCGCAAAUCGACAAUGCCUGCCAUUCUCUCCAGACUGUUGAUUUUAACAAGAGUACUUGCCAGAACCUCAUUUCUCCGUCUGUGAAGGUAUUUGACGAGUUGUACCUAGCUGCACUAAAUGAGAUAGUAGAGGUGUUGACGUCUGUGUGCAAGACACAUAAUUUGCCUUUAGCCCUGACUUGGGCUCCCUGCGGGCAGCAAGGUAAGGGCGGAUGUCCGAACGAUAAUUUCGUCGGUUGUUUGUCCACCGUGGAUUCUGCUUGUUACGUGACGGAUUUAGAUUUACUUGGGUUCCAAGAAGCCUGCUCUGAGUACCACCUUCUUAGAGGGCAAGGCAUCGUUGGCACAGCCUUCACCACCACCAAGCCAUGCUUUGCAACCGACAUAACUGCCUUCAGCAAAACUGAGUAUCCUCUGUCUCACCAUGCCACCAUGUUUGGGUUGCAUGCCGCCGUCGCUAUUCCACUCCGUAGUGUCUACACCGGAUCCGCUGAUUUUGUGUUGGAAUUUUUCUUACCGAAGAAUUGCCAUGACGGCGAAGAACAAAAGCAGAUGCUGAAUUUAUUAUGUGUCGUGGUACAACAAGCUUGCCGGAGUUUACAUGUUGCCAUGGACAAACAGAUGGAGGAAGAAUUCACGUUUACCGUUGGAGAUAUGCUGGCUGCGGCUUCCAAAGGCGGAGCCCACAAAGAAGAAACUCUUGAGUUUGGGUCUUGUAAUUUAGAGGAGGCAUCUUCAAAAGAAUCGUCGUGGAUUGCACAUAUGAUGGAGGCUCAAACCCAACACAAGGGCAAAGGCGUGUCAGUGUCGUUGGAAUACCUGGAAGAACCAAAACAAGAGUUCAAAGUGACAACCAACUGGGAAGGUGCCCACGUGGGAUUCUGCAAUGGGCAGACAUUUUCAGAUUAUGGACAAAUUCACCCGAGCUCAGCGGCAUCCAGAGCGAGUGUAGAGGGUGGAGGAGAAUCUCAUGCUUUUGGUGGACGCCGCUCGUCUGGUGGCAGAAAAUCAGGCGAGAAGAGACGAACCAAGGCCGAGAAGACUAUCAGCUUGCCAGUUCUUCGACAAUACUUUGCAGGAAGCCUUAAAGAUGCCGCCAAGAGCAUCGGCGUGUGUCCCACGACUCUUAAAAGGAUAUGCAGACAACAUGGAAUUACCAGAUGGCCUUCAAGGAAAAUAAAGAAGGUAGGACACUCGUUAAGGAAACUUCAGCUUGUAAUCGAUUCAGUACAAGGUGCUGAGGGCGCCAUUCAGAUCGGUUCCUUCUAUUCCAGUUUUCCAGAGUUGAGCUCCACAAAUUUGUCUGGCAGCGGUCCUUCUCAAUCGUCAAGCAUCAGCGACCAUUCCAAGAAAGCGCAUGCUCGUCCCGAGCACGGCUUAUAUGGCCACGGCGGCCCAACAUUAAAAUCUCCGCCCUCUUGUUGCAGCCAGACUUCCACCAUCAUUAACCGGUCCAGUGCAGAUUUUAUAAUGGCAGAAAACCCAGAAGCAUUGCUCAAGAGAGCUCAUACUCACGUUGAAGCAGAAUUGCGUGAGGAUACAAAACAUUUCGCAAGCCAGCAGAAACCACUCGGGGAGCAUCCCAGUGUUGAGAUUUUACCUCCAUUGCCUGAAAAUAGUGGAUGGAACGCACGAGAUGGUGAUGCUUUUAGGGUGAAAGCUACUUUUGGGGACGAAAAAAUUCGCUUUAGCUUGCAACCAAAUUGGGGGUUUAGAGAACUGCAACUGGAGAUCGCAAGACGGUUCAAUCUAGAUGAUGUGAGCAACAUUGGUCUCAAGUAUUUAGAUGAGGAGGGUGAGUGGGUUCUUUUAACGUGCGAUGCUGAUCUUGAGGAGUCUAAAGACACAUAUCGAUCAUCUAAGAACCGUACAAUGAGGUUCGCCCUGUUUCAAGCUUCACCCCUAAAUCUAGCCAACACUUUCGGCAGCAAUAGCUCAUCCUGA